AUGGAACUAUCAGUAAGAGUAAAACAACAAGAUAAUAGAACUGUAACUUUCAUAUUUAUUUAUUCAUUUUAGAAUGUGAUUGUGAAGGUACACAUAUAUGCAUUGAUGUGCAACGUGUACAUGCAGUAUAUAUAUCAUACAUCACUAUUUUGGACAAUGUCAGUGAUGCACAUUCUAACGAAAAAUGAAUGGACCAGCAACGAAUGUGACUUCUUUGCGGACCUAACUUGGUUGGGUGAAUGGAAAAUUCUUCUCGCAAAGGUUAAGGGUUACAAAGAACGAACCUUUGGCUGCGGAAGCUCUCGACGCGAAGGUUCACCGAUCCCUUGUGUCGAGCUUUACAAUAAAUACGAGAAUGAGGAGAUUAAUGUUGGCCAAGAGAUGAUAAAAGAAGGCUACGCCGAGCCAGAAGAAACUCUGUCAUCGGCAGCCUCUUCGACGUUGUCGCUUUCCACGCGGAGUCGACAUUGCGAUGAGAUCGGUAUUGUUCCAAGUCCUGUGCCUAGUCCGCCGAAGCCAACUUUCAGCCCUGAAACGUCGGUGAACACUUCGCAUAAAUCGGUUUCGAGCAUCGAGACGCCAAAUGCAUCAUUUACAAGUAUCGAAACGUCAUCCACUCCGUGCCGAGCAUCAAGUACCUCGGUCGAAGAAAUUGAUUUGAUAACGCCGCAGGUGAGCACAUCGGAAUUUUCAUUUCCAAUAAUUCUCUUCUUUUUUCCUUUUUCCAUUGGAGUUUCAUGCAGCUUUGCCAAUAAAUUUGGAGCUUUGCAAAUAAAUUUUAUCCGAAGAUUUAAUUUAAAUGGUGGACUACUUUUUGGUAAUUUAUUAGUAAUUAACAACAACUCGAGACUUAACUUACAUUUGAAAUAUUAUAGAUAUAUAUAUCUCUUAACUAAAAGAAAUUUUUUUUUCUUUUGUCAGUGAGUUUAAAGUUUAAAGAAAGCAGGGCUGCAACUAAGUAG